AUGAUUAUCGGUUGUAUUGACAAUUCAAGAAGACAGGUUCCAUUACUAAACGUAAAAGUACCGGAAGACCACGAGUUCCUGACGAAAUGGUGGACGCAGUUAGACACAGUUUCAGGCGUUCUCCGCGACAGUCCACUAGCAGAGCAGGAAGUGAACUUGGUAUUCCCCAGCCAACCGUAUGGAAAAUUUUGCGGAAACGAUUGCGAUUCAAACAGUACCGUCUGCAGAUGCUACAAAGCUUACGACCUGACGACCACGUAAAGCGACUUGAUUUUUCUUCUAACAUGCAGGAGGCAAUGGAAGACGACGAAUUUGCUAACUGUCUGGUAUUCAGCGACGAAGCGACAUUUCAUUUAAGUGGAAGGGUGAACCGUCAUAACAUUCGGAUAUGAGGUGUGGAAAAUCCGCAUAUGAUUGUGCAACAUGAAAGGGAUUCUCCAAAAUUGAAUGUCUUCUGUGCAAUAUCCAAAAAUAAAGUGUACGGGCCUUUUUUCUUUCAUGAAAACACUAUGAAC